AUGCUUCAAGAGCUCCAGAAAGAAGAGAUCAACAACUAUUCUUCAUGUGAACAAGAAAUAGACGACAUAGGCUCAGAACAGUCGGAACCAGAAGAAACAAGACUUUCUGCCACAGAAGCCACAUACAACGAUUAUUUAUUACAAAAAAUAACUGAAUUAUUUAACAAGGAGGAGAAAGAAGCCUUUAUGAUAGCUUCAGACCAGAAAAGGCCACUGACUAUACGUGUUAACACACUGUUUGACAAACGGGCUGCUAUUAUGAAGAAGCUUGUUAACCGAGGCGUUAACAUAGAUGGAAUCCAGUGGAAUGACUGUUCUGCAGUAGUUUACAACAGUGAUGUGCCAAUAGGCGCCACUCCAGAGUAUUUGGCUGGUUUAUAUAUUCUGCAGUCUCCUUCUUCUUCUUUGGCUGUUAUAGCCCUAGAUCCACAGGAGAAUGAGGUUAUUGUUGAUAUGUGCGCUGCGCCGGGUGGAAAGACCACUCACAUAGCCGCCUUAAUGAACAACACAGGGACUAUUUAUGCAAAUGACGUGUCUGAGGAAAGAGCACUCUCUCUUGCAGCCAACUUACAGAGAAUGGGUGUAAGCAACACUAUUGUUACUGUGAUGGGCGGGAGAGGGCUUCCAUACACAAACGUGAACAGAGUCUUACUUGAUGCACCAUGCUCUGGAACAGGAGUGCUUUCAAAGGACCCAGCAGCAAAGAGAAAUAAGGAUGCAAAGGUCAUAAAGCAACUGCAGUAUAAACAAAUGGCACUGAUAUUAAAGGCGUUUGACAUGCUGAACCCAAAGAACCCAGAGUCUAUUUUAGUGUACUCCACCUGUUCUAUAUUAGUGGAGGAGAAUGAGUACAUUGUUGACUAUCUGCUAAAGAAGAGAAAGAAUGCAAAGGUGAUUGAAACCAAUUUACCAAUAGGAAAGGAAGGGUUUAAAUCGUACAGAGGAUGGGUAUUCCACCCUUCUUUAAAGAACACACGAAGAUUCUAUCCACACAUUCACAACACAGACGGAUUCUUUGUUGCCAAGAUAAGAAAGACUGGAUACAGCCCAGAGGAGAUUGAGGAAAACAAGAAGCUAAAAGAAAAGGAGAGAAGAAGGCAAAAGGGAGAAGAGACCGAGGAGGACAAGGUUCCUAAGAAAGAGCCAAAGAAGAAGCCACAAGGUAGAAGAAAGCCAAGACCAGAAGGAAAGGCAGACUUAGCGAGAAAGAAGAGCCAAGAUAAAAGAAAAGAGAGAAAAAGAGAUUAAGAAUAAAUUAUAAAGAGAUAAUAAAUGAAUAAUACAGU